AUGUCUUGCAUAAAUCGCCUGUUCACGUUCCGUCGCCGCACUCGCCAACUGGGUGAAGAGCAGGCUGGCACAGUGACAAGUGAUUCACACGCAUCUCCUACUACAGAAGCAGCACUUACCUCCCAGCGGACCAACCAAGCAAGCACAAGCACAAGCGCGAGACACGCGGGGCGUACCUUCCUCUUCACCAAUCCACUGAACCUCAACCUGAAUUUCCUCACCAACCGCUUCUCAAAGUCGACAUCUCUAGGCCCUCCUCUUCUCGACGACCUCCACGCUGCCGGUCUGACCUUCGAUACGAUGACUCUCGCUGAUGACGAGGAAGCCUCAUCGCUCCCCCGCAAACGCCUGAAACGCAGCCCUUUCCAAGGCAAGACCCUAACAUGCGACUUCUGCACCGAUGCUAUUGAGAAUGAGGAGUACCUGCGCCCCUGCCGCCAUUGCAAGAGCACUCUCUGCUACAACUGUGUCGAACACACUUUCACCAUUGCCUUGAGCGACCACGAACGCAUGCCGGCCCGCUGCUGUGACCGUGUCUUGUAUCCAGGAGUAGCCACUGGCGUGCUCGAACCGGCGGAACUGCAACGUUAUAAGGAACGCUACGACGAAACCAACACUCCGAAUCCCUACUAUUGUCCCGUGCAGACCUGCUCCGCCUUCAUUCCGCCACGCAUGCUUGAUGUCAAGGAUGGCCACGUCACUUGCCCCCUUUGCGCCACCCAGUCCUGCUUCCGGUGUCGGCAAGUCGCGGACGAAGGCCACACAUGUGAGCGCAAAGAAGAAAAGGCCAUUGUCGAGACCUACAACUACAAGCUGUGUCCGAAAUGUGGUACUGGGUUAAUGCGGAUGUAUGGCUGUGCUCAUGUGCGAUGCCAGUGUGGGGCACAUUGGUGCUGGGACUGUAGGCGGCCAAUGCAAGCAUGCUAUCGCAAGCCUUGCGAUCAUGCGAGAGAAGACGGCGAUGCGACCCAGGAGAGCGAUGUCCCUGAUGAGGUGAGUGACGACGAGGAAGAAGUUCAAGAUGGAGAAGUCUCUGCAGAAUCACAGCAACAGACGCAGCAGAAUGGCACGGCAGAUGAGCACGUAUCAGAUGACAAUGCCCUCAAUAAUUCGGCACCGUUCGCUGGCAGCUCCGAUCUUCCCACUGUGUCUGGCAACGGACCGGAGAGUACACAGCAUACAUCAAUCGGCAAUCCAGAGGAACCAGCGCCUUUGUCAAGCUCGCACCACGACACACCAACGGCAGAUCCAGAUUCUUCUCCAGUCACAGAAGAGUCGCUCGCAGGACCGAGGCCGGCAGGAGACACCACCGCCCAGAGCGCAACCGAAGUACUGACUGACGAAGCUGGACCAGCACCUUCUACCGCCCAAGACAGUGCUCAAGCCCCCGAAGAAAGCACAUCUAAUACAGUCACGAAUCUCGAUGACCCUGAUCCAGAGGACUGGGAAGCACGAUCGCUCGACUUCGGCGACGAGCCAGUUGAUGAAAGUUUCGAUGUGUGGGGUUGCCAACACAAGUUCCGAGUCUUCAACAUCGAAUCCGUCCCUGACCACUGGGUCAAGAAUCUAGACAGGCAGAAGGGUCUAGCAGUGGAGUGCAUGUGUUGUUUCAAGACCGUGCAUCUACCUGGGCCACAAACGGUAGUGAAAGACAAUAAGAUGGGAGAUUCACAUGCAAAAGGCCGGAAGGGCCGACUGAAUCGGCGGCGAGGCCGCUCUCCUACACCAUCUGCCACCCUAACUCUCGCCCGCCAAGAUGCAAGCAUUGAAGAUCUUGCAAAGACUGGCGCGGCAGGUAAGGAUGAUGUGAAGACAGAAGUUGAGAAAGACAAAUUGGCUGGGCUUGCCAUGGAUGAGAAAGAGCUACAAGAGCUACAGAAGGCGGAAGUCCGCAGAAAGAGGACGCUGCUGGCCUACGUCUGCUGGGAUUGUGGUGUAUUGUACUGCUGGGGCUGCAGAAGGGACGCAUUACGGCGCAUUGGAAGGGAGAGGGCGAUGGAGGUUUGA